GCAGCAAGAGCUGCAAACACACGGAGCUGCUGGCUGGGGUCUGAUCAUCAUCAUCAUCAUCAUCACCACCGCCGCCGCAACGACGGUCUCGAGGCGUACCGACCGAGUCACGCGGGGUCUUCGCGGUUCUUCCACGGGUGCUGAGCUACGCGGGGCCAUGGCGGGCCGCCGUUGAACCGGAGAUACCGAUUUAUUUUCUCUUUGUUCGCCUCGUUCGCCUCGCACGCGCCUCGGCCGAGGAGGGGCCGCCGGAAAAGCUCUCCCUGUCGCGCGGAGGAGGAGCGGCGUAGCGGUGGUAGCGGCAGCAGCACGAUAAACCGGGAGGUGUUUUCUUCCACGGGAGGACCGAAUGGCGGAUCGCGAGGCGUCGCCGGUGCCGCUGGAGGUGCGAGCCCGGCUGGCGGAGCUCGAGCUCGAGCUGUCAGAGGGGGACAUCACUCAGAAGGGUUAUGAGAAGAAGAGGUCCAAACUGAUCAGGGCGUUUGUUCCGCAUGCUGGAGGGAUGGAGGGCCCCAUGUCCCACCGGACCCCCCUCGGGCCCCCCUCCGCUGCCCGUUUCCAUCGGCGACGGACGUCGGGGGCCAGAGAUGAGCGUUACCGAUCAGACGUCCACACAGAGGCGGUCCAGGCCGUUUUGGCACGCCACGUAGAGAGGAAAGUUGCCGUGCCGAUGCCAUCCAAACGCCGCUCGCUAGUAGUUCAGACGUCUAUGGAUGCCUACACACCCCCAGGACUGUCCCCCCUGUGCUCAGACUCCUCGUCGGGCUCCGAGGGGGAGGAGGAGGAGGAGGAGGAGGAGGGGGGACCCGGGGACGACAUGCACGGGAUGGAGCACUGGCUGACGCGCCCCGCCCAGCUAGGCCCCGCCCACCUGGGCUCCACCUCCUCCUCCUCCUCGUCCACGCAGAGCGGGGGCAGCGGCAACGCCGGGCGGCUGGCCGACUCGCUGGCGCACGCCCACAUCUCCCACCCGCACCUGUCGCACACGCACCUGUCGCACCCCCACCUGUCGCACCCCCACCUCUCCCACGCCCACCUGAGCCAGUCCCUGCACCAGCAGAGCCACCUGUCCCAGUCCCACCACGGUAUCGGCCACCUCUCUCUGAAGAGGAAGGGGGCUCUGAGCGUCGCGGAGAACGGGGGCUCUCUGAGACGCUCCUGUGAGUUCGGCUCCGACAUGCUGUGGCCCCCCCCUCUGGAGUCAGACGAGCGCCACCACAUGGCCAACAUGGGAACCAUCGCCCGCAACACUCAGAAGUACGGCAACGCUGAGCGCAUGGAGACCGGCGACGGUGUGCCGGUCAGCAGCCGUGUGUCGGCUAAGAUCCAGCAGCUGGUGAACACCCUGAAGCAGCCGCGCAGACCCCCGCUAAGGGAGUUCUUUGUGGACGACUUCGAUGAACUCCUAGAAGUCCAGCAGCCCGACCCUAAGAUGCCCCGCCCCGAGGGGGCGGAGAUGAUGCCGGUGCGGGGCGAGGCGCUGGGCGUGGUCACCAACUGGCCCCCCUCCCUGGAGGCGGCCCUCCAGCGCUGGGGGACCAUCUCCCCCAAGGCCCCCUGCCUCACCAGCCUGGACACGGCCGGGAAGCCCCUCUACGUGCUCACCUACGGGAAGCUGUGGUCCCGCAGCAUUAAGCUGGCUUACAACAUCCUGCACAAACUGGGCAGCAAGCAGGAGCCGAUGGUCCGGCCCGGCGACAGAGUGGCGCUGGUGUUCCCCAACAACGACCCGGUGGCCUUCAUGGUGGCCUUCUACGGGUGUCUCCUGGCCGAGGUGGUCCCUGUGCCCAUCGAGGUACCCCUCACCCGCAAGGAUGCGGGCAGCCAGCAGAUCGGCUUCCUAUUGGGCAGCUGUGGCGUUACCGUGGCGCUGACCAGCGAUGCGUGUCACAAGGGGCUGCCUAAGAGUGCCACGGGGGAGAUCCCGCAGUUCAAAGGUUGGCCCAAGUUGCUGUGGUUCGUCACAGAGUCCAAGCACCUGUCCCGACCCCCCAGGGACUGGUUCCCCCACAUCAAGGACGCCAACAACGACACGGCGUACAUAGAGUAUAAGACGUGUAAGGACGGCAGUGUGUUAGGGGUCACCGUGAUGAGGAUCGCUCUGUUGACUCACUGCCAGUCCCUGACCCAGUCCUGCAGCUACACAGAAGCGGAAACCAUUGUGAACGUUCUGGACUUCAAGAAGGACGUUGGGCUGUGGCACGGCAUUCUCACGAGUGUGAUGAACAUGAUGCACGUGAUCAGCGUGCCCUACUCUCUGAUGAAGGUCAACCCCCUGUCCUGGAUCCAGAAGGUCUGCCAGUUCAAAGCUAAGGUGGCCUGUGUGAAGUCCAGGGACAUGCACUGGGCGCUGGUGGCUCAUAAGGACCAGAAGGACAUCAACCUGAGCUCUCUGCGCAUGCUGCUGGUGGCCGACGGCUCCAACCCCUGGUCUAUCUCGUCCUGCGACGCCUUCCUCAACGUGUUCCAGAGUAAAGGUCUGAGGGCGGAGGUCAUCUGUCCCUGUGCCAGCUCCCCCGAGGCCCUCACCGUGGCCAUUAGGAGGCCGGGGGAGGACCCCAGCCUGCCCCCGGGCCGGGGGGUGCUGUCCAUGCAGGGCCUGAGCCACGGGGUGGUCCGCGUGGACACUGAGGAGCGUCUCUCCGUCCUCACCGUGCAGGACGUGGGCACCGUCACCCCCGGAGGUGUUGGCACCGGCAAACCUUAA